GUUUAAUUCUGUCAAACUUCAAUAAUAGCUAGUACAUAACACAAUUCUCACUUCCAUAAUUAAUAUUAUUAGGAGAGUUUCCAUAAAAUGAGCAAAAUGCAAAUGGAUGUUUACUCCUCUCUUAUUGUUCCUCAAUUUAUAAAAUAUAUGUGUUCAAUUCAUAUGGCAUGUGGGUCUAUUUAUUUUCAUUUGUCAAGAAGUUAAUGGUAAGAUACACCACGUCAUUAUGCCAACAUGGUAUGGAGGGAUCAUGUAAUUUUUACUCGUAAUUUUCACCUACAACGUAUGCGGGUUCCACCGGCUGGCGAUUAUAUAAGAAGCUAAUUUGAUUGGAUGGAAGUAUGAAACACGCAUUCACUCAAAUUUAUCACUUGUUUUAUAAUGAGAUCCAAAAUAUUAAGUAUAUUAAAUACUAAAAAUAUCAUUAGACAAAUAUAUCCAAAAUAUUAAGUAUAUUAAAUACUAAAAAUGCAACGUAAUUAAAUAAGAUGCACUUUCUCACAUUGACUACUCCAUUUACUUUGCUCACACGCCAUUUUCAUGGCAACGAAUUGAGGUCAUAAAAUUGAAAGCAGGGAAGUUGAAAUCCAGAAAAGAAAAGAAAAGAAAAAAAAAACAAAGAUUUUCUGUUCACGUCACGAAAAGCAUUUCUUCAACAGUUAAAAAUCCCCAAUUGGAUCAAAAGGAAUUAUUCCAUUGGUGCGCUAUGAUUCUAUUGAAACAGCUCCUUCUCUUGUCCUUCGUUUUGCCGUUCGCUUUCCCUCACGACGCUGAACCAUCUCUGAUCGUCCAAAUCAACCAGCCACAGCUGGAUAAACUCGACGCCCAAGCACAUUGUACGAGCUGGAGGGUGGCUGUGGAGGCCAACAAUCUGACCCCUUGGAAGACGGUUCCGGAAGAGUGCCGUGAUUAUGUGAUGCAAUAUAUGAGAGGGAGAGGGUACCUCCUCGAUCUCCAGAGGGUCGCCGAUGAGGCUGUAUUGUAUGCCAGAAGUGUUAAGUUGAACGGGGAUGGGAAAUUCGCCUGGGUUUUUGAUGUGGAUGAGACUCUGCUUUCGAAUCUCCCCUAUUAUGCUCAACAUGGUUACGGGUCGGAGAUAUUUGACGGUGGGAAAUUUGAUGAGUGGGUUGAGAUGGGGAGGGCGCCGGCUAUAGAGUCUAGUUUGAAGGUGUACGAAGAGGUAUUGAAUUUGGGAUUUAAGGUCAUUUUGUUGACUGGUCGAAGCGAGAGGUAUAGGGGUGUUACGGUUGAGAAUUUGUUCCAAUCUGGAUUCCGGGAUUGGGGCAUGCUCAUUCUCAGGUCGUCGGAGGAUCAUGGAAAGACAGCAAUGGUGUACAAGUCGGAGAAGAGGAGAGAGGUGGAGCAGGAAGGUUACGAAAUAGUGGGAAACUCUGGAGACCAGUGGAGUGAUUUGUUGGGGUCUUCCAUGUCCAUACGUUCUUUCAAGCUUCCAAAUCCCAUGUAUUACAUUCCUUGAUCUAUUCUUUUACCAUUCAAUAAUAUCUGUAACUUGCUUGUAAAUCUAUUGUUUGUCAAAUUUGAAUGAUGUACAGGAAGAUCUGGGAACUAAAACAUUAAGUGUUAUAUAUGUUGGUUUGUUUAGCUACUA